GUCCGGGGCUGCUGAUUGGCGGAACGGGCCGUCGCUUAGCCGGCAGCCCGGGAUAAAGUUGGGCGGCGAGGCCCAGUAGUCCCUUGUAAACCCCCGACCGUCAGCCUGCUGUGUGAGUGUCGAUAACCGACCACAGUGACCCACUCACCCACCGAGACCGGCCGUUAGCCAGCCAUGGACGCCAUCAAGAACGGCUGGUUCACCGAAACCUCCAGCCUGUGGCCGGGCCAAGCCAUGUCCCUGGAGGUGGAUAAAAUCCUUUACAACCAGAGGUCCCCUUUCCAAGAUGUGGUUGUCUUCAAAAGCAAAACCUAUGGUAAUGUCUUAGUGCUGGAUGGUGUGAUACAGUGCACUGAAAGGGAUGAAUUUGCUUACCAAGAGAUGAUUACAAAUCUAGCUCUCUGCAGCCAUCCUAACCCUAAAAAGGUACUUAUUAUUGGAGGUGGUGAUGGUGGUGUGCUGCGGGAAGUGGUCAAACAUUCAGCUGUGGAGUCUGUAGCACAAUGUGAAAUUGAUGAGGAUGUAAUAAAGGUUUCUAAGCAGUACCUUCCUGGUAUGGCAGUGGGUUUCUCGAGCUCCAAGCUGAAACUUCAUGUUGGUGACGGCUUUGAGUUCAUGAAAGAGAACCAGGAUGCAUUUGAUGUAAUUAUCACUGAUUCCUCAGAUCCAGUAGGGCCUGCUGAGAGUUUAUUUCAGGAGUCUUACUACCAGCUGAUGAAAAAUGCCCUGCAUGAAGAUGGGAUCCUUGGUGCCCAAGGUGAAUGUCAGUGGCUGCACCUCGAACUCAUAAAGGAGAUGCGGAGAUUCUGUAAAUCUUUGUUUCCUGUAGUUGAAUAUGCAUACAGCACUAUCCCUACGUACCCCAGUGGACAGAUUGGUUUUAUGUUGUGCAGUAAAAAUCCUGACACUAAUUUUCGUGAACCUGUGAGACAACUGUCAGCAGAGGAAGUGGACAGAAUGCAACUGAAAUAUUACAAUGCAGAUAUGCAUCGAGCAGCUUUUGUUUUGCCAGAGUUUGCCAGAAAGGCACUUGAUGCAUAAAGCCAACUCUAUUGCCUGAUGUUUGUCAUCAAUACUGGAAAAAGUUUUUACAAAUUCUAUCAUCGGUUUAUAAUGGGCCCAUAAUGUACCAUACUGAAAUUAACCCUUUCCUGUCUUCAAAGAGGAAAAUUAUCAUUCGACUGCCCAGGAAACCAGGAAACAGCAGCUGUUGUUGGGAAUAAAAGGCCAUGUUUCCGUUCUUUUUGUAGGAAAUCAGAGCUCUGUGAAUUUUCUUUCCCCACACCCCCACCCCCGGACUGUUGGGUGAUCUCUGAUUCUUGUGGAGUUGGCCAGGUGUGCAGCGGACCUCUAGACCUUUGUAAGGUCAGCUGACUAACCAAUUACCUGCAUUUUAGAUACUGCACAUGGCUGACAGCGUGGACCACUGAGGCCUUAGUCCAUGAUGGCCCUAGACUGGAAAGGGUUAAAGUUUUAAAGAAAAUAUUAAUAAAAAUGCAACCAGAUAAUUCUUGGAACUUGAA